AUGAGUUCUCUUGAAGCUGACGAACCAUAUAAGACAGAUAUGAUUGAAAUAAAAGCCAAUUAUGAAAGAUUAUUGUCAGCAACUAUAAAUCUUCAAGAGUACCCAGAGAAAACUUCUAUUUUUGUCAUCAACCAAGUUCGCGAAUGAAAACAAGGCGUCAUACGAGCUCUUCUGCAGACCAUUAUCAAGCUAGAAAAAGAAAGCUUUUUGAGCAUGGAAACUGAAUUUGCACUAUCAGACGAUAUUGAUGUCCAAAAAAUACUGAAACAAUUGAUACCAUUGAAUAAUGAUGAACCUUAUGGUGUUUACUUUUUUGUUGAAGAGACUAAAAGGAUAGUUUUUAGAUCAUGCACAUAUCUACCCACACUUGACCAUUUAAAAGAAAUUGUUACGCAUUUGCUCCCGACCCAUUCAAAUGCAGGUGAAAAAUUUGUUGAUUUUUACUUACUCCCCCCCCCCCCCUCCGUGAGCGCGAACAAAACCAUUAGAAAAAUCGCCAUUUUUUGACCAAAAACCCACCCUCCGUGAGUGAACAAAAAUUUUUUUAAUAGAAAAAAUUUUAAUGGAAAAAAAUUUUGAUAUAUAAGUGAUAAUUAGUAUAAUGAAAUCUAGAGCUAAUUCUGUUUAAUUUUAAACAAAUUGCGUUUUAAAACAUAAAUUUUGCAAAUUAAAUUAAUAUUUGCUUCCCAAUUUUUGCAAAUUAGGAUUUUUUUAAAUUUCGAAAAAAAUAUUGUUUAUAAAAUUUAUAUAUAAAUUUUUUUUUAAAAAAAAAAAAUUAACCCCCCUCCGUGAGCGAACAAAAUUUUUUUGUUCGCUCACGGAGGGGGGGGGGGGGGUUACUUUUUUCUGAUUAAAAAUUAAAAAUUUAUGUAUGAGAAAUUAUAAUCCGUUGGUAAAAAUUUCUUAUCGGGCAUGAUCGAACCAGAGGUUGUUAUAAAUCUUAAAAAAAACGAUUAAUUUUUUAAGUCUAGAAUCUGAUAAUUCUGAUAAAAAUAAACACACUGUUGGUAUGUAGACUGAAGCAAUAAAGCUGAUCGAUGACUAGAGAGUUCAGGUAAAUAAUGCUCGAUGUGCUGCAAGAGUGCAUAGAGACUCGCUUUAUCGUGGUUUCCGAUAGCCUGAGAUAGAGAAACCUGCCUUAUACUUACCUCUUGAUAGCUCAUAUUUUAAUUAAUGGAAAAUAUUCACACAUGGCCAUUAUUUUGGCACGCCAUAUUAUUAUUAAUAUUUGAUUAAAAUUAUUAUUCGCAAGAUAUUUGUGGAUGCUAGUUUUCUAUGUCUUUAAAUUUUGUGUUUUGAAUUUGAGCAUUUUUUUAAAAAUAAUGUAAUAUUUUUUGUUCGCCAUCUUUAAUUUGAAGCUAUAUCUAAAAUUUAAAAACACUAAGAACUUUUUUCGCAGCAGCACAUUUCUUUUAAUAAUUUAAAUAUAAGCUCACCUUAUAUAGAUCUUUAAUUUCCGCGUUUUGGAUUUGAGCACAAAUUUAAAAAUAGCAUACUUAUUAACUUUUAUUUUCGCCAUCUUUAAUUUGAAGCUAUAUCUUAAAAAAUUUAAAUUUUAAAAGAAAUUAUACUUGCAAAAUCCAUUAUAUAAUACAUAGAUUCAAAAAUUCAAGCCAUUUUAUAUUUUGGGUGUGCCAAAAUAAUGGCUAUGUGUGAUUAUUUUCCAUUAAUUAAAAUAUAAAAAUAUCAGGAGGGUACUUAUAAGGCAAGUUUCUUGAUCUCAAGCUAUCGGAAACCACGAUAAAGCGAGUCUCUAUGCACUCUUGCAGCACAUCGAGCAUUAUUUACCUGAACUCUCUAGUCAUCGAUUAGUUUUCUUGCUUCAGCCUACAUGCCAACAGCGCUCUUAUUUUAUCUGAAUUAUUAGAUUCUAGACUUAAAAAAUUAAUCUUUCUUUUUAAGACUUAUUGCAACCUCUGGUUCGAUCAUGGCCGAUAAGAAAUUUUACCAACGGAUUAUAGAAUAUUUAAUAUAUAGAAAAUAUUAAUUAGACGGGAUAGCUUAA